AUGGCGUCGACACAGCAAGAAAUUGCACAGCUGAUGGCUGAUGUUACUCCUUGGUAUAAGGAUCCUGGUCGCAGAAAGCUAUAUGCUCUGCUGUUGAUUGCACUGUUAUCUUCUGCGACUAAUGGUUACGAUGGGUCGCUGAUGAACGGAGUGCAAUCCAUAACAAUAGUAUAUCCUGACAAGGCGAUAGUCUUCAACUACCCUCAUGGCUCCACUCAGGGCCUCCUGAACUGUAUACAAACAGUGGGAGGCUUGGUCAGUCUCAUCCUCGGUCCAUAUAUGGCAGACUAUGGUGGCCGUAAAUGGACCAUCUUCCUCGGAUGCUGUACCGUUGUCAUCGCAGGCAUUGUACAGUGCUUCUCCGUCAACAUCCACAUGUUCACCGCGGCUAGAUUUCUCAUUGGCAUGGGUUCUGGCUUCUCGGGUCUCGGUUCGCCCCUUCUUAUCACCGAGCUGGCCCAUCCUGCCGAACGUGGUAAAAUCACAGCGCUGUACAACACUCAAUACUACUUUGGUGCUUUCCUCGGAGGCUGGAUCACUUUUGGCACCCUCUACAUCAACUCAAACUGGUCUUGGAGGUUGCCGAGUCUGCUACAAGCAGCACCGUCCCUUGUUCAGGUCUUCCUAGUCUUCUUGCUCCCGGAAUCUCCUCGUUGGCUGGUGUCAAGGGGCAGAAACGAAGAAGCACUCAAGAUACUUGCCAAGUAUCAUGCCAACGGCAAUCCCGAUGACGGUUUCGUGCAAUUUGAAUUUGCAGAGAUGCAGGCGACCAUCAAGCUUGGCGAACAGAGUGGGCGUUGGAAGGACCUGUUUGCCACCAGGGCUAAUCGCAAACGUGUCUUCCUUUGUCUUUGCUGUGGUGUGUUUGCCCAGUUUUCCGGCACUAGUUUGACGGGAUACUACUUGCACAACAUCCUCGAGGACAUCGGUAUCGACAGUCCUAACUACCAGAACAAGCUCAACGGCUUCAUCCUCAUGGUCAACAUGGUAGAGGCGUGGUUCUGGGCUUCAAUGGUUGAUAGAUUUGGCCGCCGACCUUUGUUCCUGAUCGCUGCCGGCGGCAUGUGCUGCACAUUUGCAACUUGGAUCGCUCUCACUGCUAGACAGUUGCAGAAUCCCAAGCAAACUUCUUGGGGCAAGGGUGUCAUCGCCAUGAUCUUCUUCCACAACUUCUUCUACAACUUUGCAUGGAUCUCUUUGAGCAUCUCAUACCCUCUGGAGAUCUUGAACUUCAAGAUUCGUGCCAAUGGUCUACUCAUGCAAAACAUAGCGACCUACGUCUGUCUUGCCAUCUCACAAUAUGUCAUCCCACUCGGUAUCGCAGCAGGAAGCUGGAAGUUCUACUUCUUCUUUGAGGGCUGGCUCGUUAUUCAAUUGGUCACUGUGUUCUUUUGCUUUCCUGAAACCAAAGGUGCCACCCUCGAGGAGAUCAACCAAACCGUUGACGGUGCCGACGCAGUGGAAGAGAUCAAAGUCAAGGCGCACGAGAUUGAGGACAACCAGGAGCUUCGCCAACGCCAUGAACCUGGCCUACAAGCCCCAGAGUAUGCACGAGCGUAG